AGGGGCACCAGCGUAAUUCAUGAGUGGGGGAGCUAGAUCCUUUCACCCUUGGUCUGUCUUGUUGGGAACUGCUCCUGUGUGAGCAGCUCUGCCCUGCGCUUCCCCGGGGCGAAUCUGGAGUGUCUCAAAGCCGGUGCUGUGACUGUCCCAGAAACCCUGCUCUUUGUAUCCACUCUGGAUGGACACCUGCAUGCAGUGAGCAAGAGCACAGGGGACAUCAAGUGGACCCUGAAGGAUGAUCCCAUUCUGCAGGUGCCGGUUUAUGUGGCAGAGUGAGUGUCCCCUUGGGUGGAGUGCCUUUGCCAGGCCGGCAGUUGUGUCUGCGCUGGCGGCUCUUGGCUAUGCCGACUGCCCUGACAAACCAGCAGAUUCACAGCAGAGGGGGAGACAUGAACCCCCAGCCCAAGCCGUGGCUUUGCCUUAAACCUGCCGUUUGUGCUGGCACUUCGUGCGUGAGGGCCAGCAUUCCUGCCAGACCCCAAUGACGGCAGCCUCUAUAUCCUGGGAGGAAAGAACAAAGAAGGCUUGAUGAAGCUCCCGUUCACCAUCCCGGAGCUGGUGCAGUCCUCGCCGUGCCGCAGCUCGGACGGUGUGCUCUACACCGGGAAGAAGCAGGAUACCUGGUUCAUUGUGGACCCCAGGUCAGGAGAGAAGCAGACCACUCUCUCGACAGAGGCCUGGGAUGGUCUGUGCCCGUCAAGCCCCCUCCUCUACAUCGGCCGUACCCAGUACGUCAUCACCAUGUAUGACACGAAGUCACGGGAGCUGCGCUGGAAUGCCACCUUCUCUGACUACUCAGCGCCGUUCUGCGAGGAGUCCUACCCCUACAAAAUGGCUCACUUCGCCUCGAGCGGGGAUGGACUGGUAGUGACACUGGACAAGGAGAGUGGGGAGGUGCUGUGGGCGCAGAACUAUGGCUCGCCCGUGGUCGGCAUCUACGUGUGGCAUCAGGACAGCCUGCGCCGUGUCCCCCACCUCAACUUGGCCAUGGAGACCCUGCGCUACCUGACCUUCCACUCGCAGGACAUCCCCCUCCUCCGCUGGAGCUACCAGGCUGUGAGGGACUUCGCUGCCACCAAGACUCAGCUGCUGCCAGCUCUCUACGUGGGGAAGCACGCAGCUGGCUUCUACGCCUUGACCUCCCUGGUCCAUGGCAGCGUGGCUCUGGUGCCACAGGGCAUCACGCUGGCCAGGAUCGACGGCCCCACCACGGAUGAUGUAACCAUGAGAGAGUCGGGGGAGUGCGAGAUCACACCCAGCACCGACGUCAAGUACCCACAGGGCAGCAUCACCUCGCCCCACAACCAGUGGCUGCUGAUAGGACAUCACGAGCUGCCUCCUGUGGUCCACACGACGAUGCUGCGAGCCUUCCCCGAGAACCUGAGGAAGACAACGGAAACCAUCAUUCCUCGGGGUCCUCCUGCCAGGACUGCAUUUGAUGAUUUCCUGGCCCCAAGCAGCCCGGAGGAGCUGGCUGUGCACAGGGAGGUGCAGCCCCCACCAGAGCCCAUGCCAGGGGAGCAGCUGGAGGUGUACCCUGAACCCAGCACCGCGGACCUGCUGCUGGCCGCUGUGGGCACGGCCCUGCUAGGGGGAACAGUCCUGGCCCUGCUGCUCAGGAAGCUGCAGCAGCAGCAGGUGGUGCAGCAGCGGCAGCUGGAGAAGCAGCUCCAGCUCCUGCAGCAGCAGCAGCAGAUGCUGCUUCCGGGCCGGGGCCCUGGGGAGGGGGUUCCCACGGAGCCCAGGGAGCCACGGCUGAGCCAGGGCAGUGUGGUGCAGCCCUCGCAGAGCUCCGGCCCCUUGGCCCGUCCGGAGGACCUGGCUAACGGAAUGGUCAGCAUGGAUCCCGCUGUGCCGGCAGCUGCUGAAGAUGCAGAACCAGACAUGACUGUAGUUGGAAAAAUUUCUUUUAAUCCCAAGGAUGUGCUGGGCCAUGGAGCUGGAGGAACCUUUGUCUUCAGGGGACAGUUCGAUGGCCGGAACGUGGCCGUGAAGCGCCUCCUGCCCGAGUGUUUCCAUCUCGUGGACCGUGAGGUGCAGCUGCUGCGGGAGUCGGAUGAGCAUCCCCAUGUUGUCCGCUACUUCUGCACUGAGAGGGACAAGCAGUUCCACUACAUUGCCAUCGAGCUCUGCUCUGCCACACUGCAGGAGUACGUGGAAAGCCCCAGCUUCGAUCGUCGCGGCCUGGACCCGGUGUCUGUGCUGCAUCAGACCAUGGCUGGGCUGGCCCAUCUCCACUCGCUCAGCAUCGUGCAUCGGGACUUGAAGCCCUGUAACAUCCUCAUCUCUGUCCCAAAUCGCCACGGCCAGAUCCGAGCCGUCAUCUCUGACUUUGGUCUCUGCAAGAAACUUCAAGUGGGACGACAGAGCUUCAGCCUUCGCUCUGGCAUCCCGGGCACCGAGGGCUGGAUUGCGCCCGAGCUGCUGCAGGAGGCUCCGAAGGAGAACCCAACCUGCGCUGUGGACAUCUUCUCCGCCGGCUGCGUCUUCUACUACGUGCUGUCUGGGGGGCAGCAUGCGUUUGGGGACAGCUUGCGGCGCCAGGCCAACAUCUUAUCGGGCUGGUACCAGCUUAGCUGCCUGCAGGAGGAGGCUCAUGACAAGGUCAUUGCACGGGAGCUGAUUGCGGCGAUGCUCAGCCCUGAGCCCCAGCGCCGGCCCACAGCCACUGCCGUCCUCGUGCAUCCCUUUUUCUGGAGUCAGGAGAAGCAGCUGCAGUUCUUUCAGGACGUCAGCGACCGCAUCGAGAAGGAACCGGCUGCAGGACCCAUCGUGUCGGCGCUGGAGGCGGGGGGGCGAGCAGUGGUGAGGACCAACUGGAGGAUGCACAUCUCCCUCCCGCUGCAGACAGACCUGAGGAAGUUCCGCACCUACAAGGGGGGCUCUGUGCGCGACCUCCUGCGGGCCAUGAGGAACAAGAAGCAUCACUACCACGAGCUGCCGGCCGAUGUCCAGGCGGCCCUGGGCUCUGUCCCCGAUGGCUUCGUGCGGUACUUCACCUCCCGCUUCCCACGGCUGCUGCUGCACACGCACGGGGCCAUGAGGGGCUGCGCCCGUGAGCGGCUCUUCCAGCCCUACUACGGCCAGGACCCCGGCGGUGGCGGCGAGUGAGGGGACAGAUGGCAGGAUGGUGCCCGGCUGCUGCACCCUGCCUGUACCCACCGCCCUGUCCCAGAGCAGCUGGGACCAGCCCCAAGGCCCUCGGUUGUCCUCCCCCUUCCCUAGAGUGGAGUAACAUGGUUGUAACGUGGGCUACAACAGCACAGGCCAGAAGCAGUGAGUGGAAGAUGGUACCAGCUGUUGACCCAGAGGGACUCUCUGCUCACCCAUUUUUGCAAAUGCUCACAGCUGGACUCAGCAGCGUUUGUGUCAGAGAGCAAGAAAAAUCUCUGUGGCAGAUGUUGUGCUUUGAGAAGGAAGAAAAAAAAUGUGUGCUGUGUCAGGGAUGCACCAGCAGAGUGACACAGCCAGGCUGGUGCUGGUCCCUGUGGUGCGGUCACUAGGGACUUGGCAGCUUCAUCCUGGGCCACACACCUGGGAAGGUGGUUCUUUGGACAAGUGGCCAGACAUGGCUGUGAUACAGCCUGACACUGGAUCUGAUCCCUCAGCCCAGGGCUGAGGCACAGCGGGUUGGGCUUUUAGCAGCUGCCCAGGCUUGGACCUACUGUUUGCAUCAGGGCUGCUGCAUGAGCAGUGCCACCAGCCCUGGGGGAGGCAUGGGGCCUCCAGCACAAUCCCCACAGUGAACAGCUUCAUCCCACCUGGGCUGAGAAAAAGGUGUUCUUCCUUUCAGGCACCAGCAGCCCAGUGUUGUGCCAGAGGCCCCCCUGUCAGCCCCAUGCCCAGGAGCCCUGAGCAGGUUGUACAGCAGAGGUGCUGGGCAGGAGCAGUUCCCUGGGGUUCCCACUUCUCCCAGGGCUCCCUUUCCCCUGAGCACAGCCUGCAGCAGCUCCCGCAGCCUCUGCUGCCCCAGGGCUGCUGUGAGUUGUGGCAGCUCUGGUUUCAGGAGGUCCUGAAUGCCACAGGGGCAGCUGGAGCCUUGGGCAAGGGUUCCUUUCAAACAGCAAUAACUGUGUACAGUCUGAUUCUUCUGUGUGCUGGGGCAGGGGGUUCUGUUACAUGGGUAACAAGUGGGGUGUAUUUCAUUUAUUUUCAGAAUAGUGUAUGGCCUAGAGCAUUUUGUACAAAAUGUUAUAAAAAAAAUAACAAAACUAAACUAAAAAACAUGUCCUGUUUAAAAAUAAACUGGCCUGAGAGCAGCAGAAGGUGCUGGCAAUGAGGGGAGAAAAGCCAGCAAAGCCAACUGGGCUCCUGACAAAGCCUA